AUGGCGCCCUGGUUCGCACUCUUCGAGGCCUGGGCCGUCGCAGCACUAAUCCGCAGCCCGACAUUCAACCGCGCCAUCCAAAAAGCCUACCGCAAGAUCAACAAGAUCCCGGACCACGAGCCGCGGAACGGGCUCGGCCGGACGGGGCCCUCUACUCUUGAUCACUUUAAAGAUGAGGUGAAAGAGCAGUUUAGGGAUCUUACUUGGCAGAAACGGAGGAAGUGA